AUGGAGAUACGCAUCAAGCGCAAGCUGGCCUUGGCCAUAAUUUCUUCCACUCUUGUCCACAGUGCGUCUGCCUCGGUCUCAUUCACUAAAAUCCAGACUGUGGUUGGGUUCUCGGACUACUGCACAAAAGCGUACGGCACCACUAUUGCCAAUUGCAACCUGAACGACUUUCCAGCCAUCGGCGGGACAGGAUCCUGCUCCACGAAAUGCGAGGAGGCGUUAUUGUCAGCCCAGGAGCUUGUGAAGCGAGCGUGUCAGGGCCAACAAGCGCCUCUGAACUCAUUGAUCGGGCAGCUGUUCGCAGGAGACGUUGUGAGCUAUCUGUGUACGGUCAACAAUGGCGGCGGAGCAGGAGUGUCAACAGUAACGACCAAGACGGUAUCUACCGCUUCAAUUUCUUCGAUGGUCACAGCAUCUUCUCAGCCGGCAUCAUCGAAUACCAAGUCAGCGUCAUUCGCGACCGACACCAGUACGGCCAGCACGGCGACAAAAGGAAGCAACACGAGCACGUCAGAAUCGACAUUGAUAUCGACAUCAUCAUCAUCUUCUUCUGCAUCCUCAACUGCCACGUCCGAAUCCCCAACUACCACACUCUUAACCUCGACUUCAGCCUCCUUCAGCACCUCCAGCACCUCGAGCACGACUGCCGCCGCAUCAUCAACAAAAUCCUCCAGCUCCCAAGGUUCAAACAGCGGCGACAGCGGUGGCGGCAGCCCCUUCGAUGGGAACUUUGGCUCCGGAGCCAGUCCCUCGAAGACUCUGCUAGCACCAUAUCAUUUUCUUUUCCUCUGUCUGGUCACCAUCCUCUUUUCCGUACUGUAUUGA